UCUCGUUAAACAUCAAUCUAAGAACUUCUACCACCGUCCAUCUCGAAGUCCCUACGAAUCCAACGUAAAAUAAAAAAACUCAAAUCAUACAACGUAACGCAAUUGAUCAUAAUAUACCCCGCCACAACUACCAUGCGAAAACAAUCGGAUUUCGCCAUUACAACGCGGCGAGAUACAAAUUUCAGACUCUACUCAACUCAACUCGGUCUCUCUCGUCUCGGAUCCAACGGUCAGCCAUGGUCGCCAUCCACUCUAUAGCUGCUCAGAGCUUCCUCUCUCUCCCAAACCACAAACCCCGAAAACCCAUUACCGCACACCCAAAACCCAUCUCGACCUCCAAUUUUCCCACCUCCAAACUCCCAAAAAACCCAUCUUUCCCGAGAAACAAACAGAAAAGCAGGUGGCUUCUGAACUCGGUGGUCGAGCGAGAAGAGUGGUGUGAUUCCGGUUCAGAGCUCCGACUGUACGGACCAGAAGGAAGGGGCGGUGGCGGCGAGCAGGGCGGAUAGCGACGGCGGGGAUCCGGGGGAGUUAGUGAGUCAGGUGGGCGGGUUCGGAGAAAGUGAGGGGAGGCUUUCGUUUGAAGGUGCUGGUGGUUUUGGGUCUUCUGGGGUUUGAAGUGAGAGGGAGAGUGAGGAAUUUGAGAGGUUGGUAGAUAGGACUAUCAAUGCCGCUGUUAUGCUUGCAGCUGGUACUUUUGCUCUCACUAAGUUGAUCACCGUCGAUCAGGAUUACUGGCAUGGUUGGACUCUAUAUGAGAUCCUAUGGUAUGCACCUCAACACAACUGGUCUGCUUAUGAGGAAGCUCUCAAGACUAACCCAGUUUUAGCCAAAAUGGUGAUUAGUGGUGUCGUGUACUCUGUAGGGGACUGGAUUGCCCAGGAGCUUAUUCCUUUCCAAGACUGGUGGGUGGUUCCUGUCAAAGUAGCCUUCGACCAAACUGUAUGGGCAGCGAUUUGGAACAGCAUUUACUUUACAGUUUUGGGAUUUUUGCGUUUUGAAUCUCUCAUAAGUAUUUUUAGUGAACUUAAGGCAACAUUUUUGCCGAUGCUGACAGCAGGGUGGAAGCUUUGGCCAUUUGCACAUCUUGUUACCUAUGGUGUGAUCCCUGUCGAACAAAGGCUCUUAUGGGUGGACUGUGUAGAGUUAAUCUGGGUGACUAUACUCUCGACUUACUCAAAUGAAAAAUCAGAAGCAAGAAUUUCCGAGGCACCAGCUGAAGCAAAUUCCAGUUCUUCAGACACAGGUCCUCUUGAGUAAAGAAAUUGAAAACGACUAGAAGACCAGAGACGGAUACAUACAUGAGGGAAAUUGCUCAAUGAGUGUGUGUAAAGACUAAAAGAUCGAUUCCAUGAUGGACCGCGACUGCAAAGGUGAAAUACCUAGCGAUGUGGAAAUAUGCCUUGGCUGGUUGUUUAUGGUAUAUAUAUUGCACCGAUCUCAGAACAUGCACAUGUACGUGAUAUGUAUAGUUUGGGGAAAGUUGGAUAAAAUUUUCACAAUUGAGAUGUGUUUUCAUGUUC